AAGAAGAGAAAGGCAAUCGAUAGCGUUAAUGCGCUAGUGGGAGUGUUUAAUUUGACUGUGGGCGUCUACUUUCUCUCGAGAGGACAGCUAUUUUCAUUACUCCUCACUGCUUUCCUGUGUUUAUUUUUUUUGCGUGGUUUGUCCUUAGUCCCCACCACUCCUUCAAGCUCAUUCAUGGCUUCUCUGGGCUCUCUUCUCUCUCUGUCUGCUCUCAUGCCUUCCUCUCUUCCUUUCUCACAUUCCCACACUUCUCUAUCGCCUUGACCUUUGCUUUAAUCUCUUCUCCACUUUUAGUUUUCUGUUUGUCUUGUCACGCAACCUUAUUUUUUAUCGAAGGAGAGAACGCAUGAGUGCUGGGGUGUCUCUCAAGCGCUGCGUUAGCAUGUUACUGCUUGAGCUGUUUGUGUUUUUUGCCUAGUGACUGCUUCUUCAACAAGGAUACAACUACCACAGAAAAUCGGUUUAAGUGGUGUAGCAAAAACAGUGCUUAGAUAUGUGUGAUCUUGAUUUUGGUAUCCCUGAGACAUUUACAGAGAGGUUGACCAUGAUUAGAACCUGUCAAGGACAACUCUCUGUUACAACAUGAAAGAGGUGUUUGAGAUCUCUUGACUGCGCUAUAAAUCGAUUGUGUUGGUGUUAGAACGAGAAAAAUAGGUGUGUGGAGGGAAAAAAAACUGGGAACAGUUAAAGCUAGAUGAAUGAGGAACAGACAUGGGACAUGUCUUAACAAUGCCAUUGUCAUUGUAACCAAUGCAAAGCAACAAUUUAAGGUGCUUCCGUGAAUGUUUAUCCAGCCCACUGGAUCAUGUUAAAGGUUAUAUGUUAACUGACAGACGAGCUGAUGCUUUCGUACCUGAAAUUACUCCAAUUGCAUCUCCUCAGCCAUUUCUUCCUCUUCUUGCUCCCUCUCCAUUGUCACCCUUCACAAAUAGUUCUGUUCCUAAAUUAUCGGGACUUUGUAUGUUAAACUUCACUGCUGCUCAAAGCUUGAUGAGCAUGACCUCAAUCGAUUGUUGGGCUGCAUUUGCUCCAUUGUUGGCGAAUGUAAUAUGUUGUCCACAGCUGCAUGCAACUCUUGUGAUUCUUGUUGGUCAAUCAAGUAAAGAUACUGGUGUGCUUGCUCUAAACAGUACCCUUGCCAACCCUUGCCUCUCUGAUAUUGAGAAAGUCUUGGAAGGCCAGGGUGCUGGUGAGAAUUUGAAGCAGAUUUGCGCGAUUCAUCCAUCAAACCUUACUGAAGCAUCUUGCCCUGUAAAAGAUGUUGAUGAAUUUGAGAGCACUGUAAAUUCUGCUGAGCUUCUUGCUUCAUGUGAAAAGAUUGAUCCUGUGAAAGAAUGUUGUGACCAAGUUUGUCAAGGUGCUAUAUCAGAAGCUGCAAUAAGACUUGCACUGAAAGCUUCUGAUCCUUUGAACAUGGAUGUGCCCCAUGUUUUACCAGAACACUCAACAAGGGUAAAGGAUUGUAAAACUGUUGUCCUUCGGUGGCUGGCAAGUAAACUUGAUCCUUAUCGAGCAAAGGAAGUUCUUAGAGGACUGACCAAUUGCAAUGUUAACAAAGUUUGCCCUCUCGUUUUCCCCAACAUGAGGCAUGUUGCAAACAGCUGUGGGAAUGGAAUAAGUAACCAGACAGCAUGUUGCGAUGCCAUGGAUAGUUAUGUUUCUCACUUGCAAAAGCAGACCCUUAUCACCAACUUACAAGCUUUGGAUUGUGCUACCUCACUAGGGUUGAAGCUACAGAAAUACAAUAUCACCAGAAAUGUUUAUAGCCAAUGUCACAUAAGCCUCAAGGAUUUCUCCCUUCAAGUUGGAAGUCAGGUAUCUGGAUGCCUCCUGCCAAGCUUGCCCUCUGAUGCGACAUUUGACAAGUUCUCUGGUAUUAGUUUCAUUUGCGAUCUAAAUGAUAAUAUUCCUGCUCCAUGGCCCACUCUGUCACUACUACCAGCUUCAUCAUGCAAAAAAUCUGUCAGAAUUCCUGCACUACCGGCAGCAACAAAUGCUCAAACUGGUCUUUACAAUGAAUAUGUUGCAGUUUAUCUUCUCAUUGCUUCUUCGAUGGCCAUAAUGGUGCUCUUAGAAUUCUAGUUUGAGGCCGAGUCUGUCUUUCUCCAUAACUAAAUGAUAUAGCAUCGGUCUCUGUAAGUCUGAGCACAACCGGACGAAGUCUUCUUGAGAAAGAGUUUUACACAAUGAUACCAGCAUGACCCCUGUUCAUUGAAAGUUAUCAGUAGUGACACUCAACUUGAGGUGGAUUCACAUCGUGCAUCUGAUCAUAUUAAUUCGUGAUUCUUGCAUGUUUUGUGUAAUAAUAUUUUGUAAAGUAACUUGGGAGAAGAGAAAAGCUGUGGUGUAUUUAUAAGUAUUAGACUAUACCCUGUAAAUUUUGAUUGGAGAUUUAUAAGAAUCUUACUCUAUUCCUUGGGA